AUGGCAUCCCCUCAAACAGACAAGCAGACAGAUAACACUUUCCAGCAUGAUGUACGAGGAUACGAAUUACUAGAGCAUCCGCACUUUUUGCUGGUGUAUGUGCCAAACAAUGGAGCCAAGAUGCGGCUUGUCAAGCCAUCAAGCGAUCCAUAUCAUCGAGAACAAAUCAUACAAAGGAUCAACAAGGAGGACAACUUACUGCCUCAUUACGCAUUGUCUCAUCUUUGGGGCAUCUCACACAACAACCCUCAUGUAUGGAAGGAAAUUGGUGACUAUGUGGAUGAUGAAAACGGACAACCAGCUGCUCCUGUUUCCAUGCGACCUAAAAAACGAAAGACAUUGCGCACAUUGCUACAAAGCCAUCCUGAUAGUUACUGGUGGAUCGAUGUUUUAUGUGCGCGCACGGAUACACCUUUGGCUAUUAUGGGGGAUAUCUAUGCUUGUUGCAAACAAUGCUACGCCAUGAUUGAUUGCAGACCUGAUAUUAUCACAAGUAUUCUUUCAAUGAAGCAUCGCUCUGAAGAAUCCGAUCCUGCAUCAUGGUCCAUUUAUGAACACAACGUGGCCGUUAACACUUUGGAGACGUUCACAAGCUCUAACUGGUGGAGACGCGUAUGGACGUGGCAGGAGGCGGUGCUACCAAAGGCUGUCAUCCUCAUGGCUGAAACGCUUCCUGAUGACGUUGAUGACAAUAACAGCAUGUUGUCUAUCGGUGAUCUUAUCACGUUGUAUGACAAAAUAUUAUUGAGCUCGUGUUAUUAUCGAGACACUGUCUUUGGGCCGAAACCUUUACCAAACCGAAUUUGCUAUAUAAUUGAAGAAAUCCGAGAUUCUCGGGAUCGCAACCAUCUUCUUCCGAUUGGAUUAGUGGCCAUGUUCAAAUCAUUUGCAUUAUCAGCAAGGAAAUGUAUGGAUCCCCUUGACUACGUGUACGGCGUGCUCGGCUUGUUCCGGUUUGACAUUUCAAGAAAAUCAAAUCCCAAUGAAGCAUGGCAUCUUUUCAUCUCCGAGCUUGAAAAUUACUUGGUGGAUCCUUCCCGUAUCAAAAUCGAAAACGUCUACCAAAGAGAAAUAGCUUACAAGCUUCUAAACAAUUGUCAAGCAUGCCAUUGCAACCUCAUGAGUGCAAAAGAUAUGCGCGAUGUCUAUGAAUGUCUCGUUGACGGAUUCAUCUUUCUAGACGAUUAA